CGUGUCUGCAGUACCACACUCCGCCCAGCUGGUGGCAGUGUGUUCACCGAAACUGCUGCACACAAAUAGCACCAAAGAAGAAGAACAGAAGGCCAGUACCUGCGGUUCGUGAGUUGAGCGCAAAUAAUUGAAGAAAGUGGUUCGGUUAAAUCAUGUCCGCUGACCCCAAGAUUGCGGAGCUGCUCACUGAGCUCCACCAGCUCAUCAAACAGACACAGGAGGAGAGGUCACGCAGUGAACACAACCUGCUCAACAUCCAGAAAACACACGAGAGGAUGCAGACUGAGAACAAGACUUCUCCGUACUACCGCACCAAGCUGAGGGGGCUGUACACCACGGCCAAGGCAGACGCUGAGGCGGAGUGCAGCAUUCUGCGUCACGCCCUCGAUAAGAUCGCAGAAAUCAAGUCUUUGCUGGAGGAGCGGCGGAUCGCUGCAAAGAUGGCGGGCGUUUACAGCGACAGUGACCCUCCCAGGAAGACGAUGAGGCGCGGUGUCCUCAUGACGCUCCUCCAGCAGUCGGCCAUGACACUUCCUCUGUGGAUCGGCAAGCCAGGGGAGAGCCCUCCUCCUCUGUGCGGGGCGACCCCUGCGAGCAGCGACUACGUGGCCAAACAGGGAGACAAGGUGGCGGCGAGGGUGAAGAGCGUGGAGGGCGACGAGCAGUGGAUCCUGGCUGAGGUGGUCAGCUACAACCAUUCCACCAACAAGUACGAAGUGGACGACAUCGACGAGGAGGGCAAAGAGCGGCACACGCUGAGCAGACGGCGGAUCAUCCCUCUGCCGCAGUGGAAAGCCAACCCGGAGACUGACCCUGAGGCGCUGUUCAGUAAGGACCAGCUGGUGCUGGCCCUUUACCCUCAGACCACCUGCUUCUACCGAGCGCUGAUCCACACGCCGCCGCACAGGGUGAGGCUCGCCGCGCCGCCGCUUACGGUUUUAUUUUGACAGGCGCGUCUGUGACAGAUUCAUUAUAGCUUCUGCAUAGACUGUAGAUAAAAGAUGCACGUGGCCACUGUGACGUCAUCCUCUGGUUUCGAAACACUUUGAAGUCUCGGCAUUCGUGUUUUGGUUCCUGUGAUGUUGGUUUUUGGCGUCGGAAGUGACGGUGACUUAGAACCAAAGCUGGUCAGCAGCUCGCCGCGCUCUGACCCUGGAGGAGGGUGGGGGCCAAAAACCACUGGGUGAUGUCACAGACACUGCUUCCAUCUUCUCUGUACAGUCUGUGGGGGUUGACUCAUUAUAGGAGCCUCUAGUGGACAUCAGAGGAACUGCAGCUGCUUCAGCCGCAGAGACAAAAACUGUGACUGAGAGCUGUUAAUAAAGUGUGUGUGUGUGUGUGUGUGUGUGUGUGUGUGUGCGUGCGUGCGUGUGC